AUGAAUUACUCCUUUAACGAAGCAUCCCCUUCCCUAUUACAAGCAGAACACGCUGUUGAUUGGCUCAUUCAAAAUUUCACUAAGAUGCCACCAAUUGAGGAUCAAAGCUGGAAUGGCACAAAUGUAACCGAAGCCAGUGCUGUGAAUCCAGAAUCGGAAUGGCCAACAGAAAGCAUCCGAAAAUGGCUGGUGGGCAGACCUCACAUCGCAGCGAAGAUUGUGCUGACCUUGGCAUAUGCAGUCAUCAUAAUGAUAUCCCUCUUUGGCAACUCGCUGGUAUGCCAUGUCUUCCUCAAAUACAAAGAAGUCAACAAAUCAACAGGCCUUCUGAUCUUUAACCUGGCCAUAUCCGACAUCCUGAUCAUUAUAUUCAACAGCCCAUUUGCUCUGGCACGAUUCCUGAGUGGACAGUGGCUGUUUGGCAAGAUCAUGUGUCAUGUGAGUCAGUUUGCUCAGUACUGCUCCCUCCAUGUCUCAACCCUGACACUGAUGGCUAUUGCCAUGGACCGACACCGGAUAAUUCUGUACCCAAUGAAGCCAAGAUUAACACACUUUCAAAGCCUGGUGAUUGUUGCUGUGAUCUGGAGUCUUGCAAUGUUACUUGCUCUCCCACACGCGAUUUACCAAAAGGUUUUUACUUUCAUGAGCGUGGAUGGAGUUAUCAUCAAUCACUGCCUCCCUGCUUUUCCUGGUCCAAGCAAGCAGAUUGUAAAGUAUGUGGAUCUUGGUACAUUUAUUCUGCUGUACAUCCUCCCACUGCUGGCGAUUGUCACAACCUACUCUCACCUGGGGAAAAGGUUGUGGAUUCAAAAUGCUGUUGGUGAUGGGUCUGCUCGUCAACUUUUGGCGCACCACCAGAAGCGGAAGAAGAGCAUCCGAAUGCUAAUUCUUAUUGUGUUGGUCUUUGCAGUAUGUUGGUUUCCCCUCAAUUGCUAUAUGCUUCUGAUUUCCAGUGCCGAUGUAGAAGCCGAGAGUGUGGUUUUCUAUGCAUUCCACUGGUUUGCUAUGAGCAGUACCUGUUACAAUCCUUUCAUCUACUGCUGGCUCAAUAAGAGCUUCCAUGCCAAACUCGUAUCUAUGACAUCCUGGUGUGAAAGAUGUAUGUCAUUAGCCAGGCGUUCCCAGGUUCAGCAGCAAGAUCAAGUGCAAGAGGUUCAUGAGCUCCAGGAGCUCCGGGCUUCUGCCCUGCCGCAGGCACCUCUGGCAAUUCCAGAGCCCCAGGUGUUUGAGGAUCCUAGUUUGGCUGCUGGGGAGGGGGAUUCCCAGAUCUCUGUCCCUGGGGAUUUGGAACAUCCAGAUGUUGCCCUGGGUCAAGAGGAACAGGGAUGUUCAGCCCAGGAUGGUUAUUUCUCUAUUCAGCUGCAGACUGUCAAUGGCUAA